AUGGCAACCUCCCUAGGAAGAGCGGUCGCGGUUCUUGCUAUAUCCAGCCUUAAUCUACGACGCCAGACGACAAACCUAGCCGAGGCAGAGCAGCACCGUUGUGCAAGUUCAAAUCAACAUGUAGAACAUCCACACCGUAGAACAUCAAGUCUUGUUCAGGGAAAAGUUUAUGGGAGGGAUUAUGAGAAGGCAGAAAUCAUACGGCUGGUAAAAGGACACAAAUUAUCUAGCAGUGUAACUGUUCUGACUGUUUUAGGCAUUGGUGGGGUUGGGAAGACAACCCUUGCUCAACUGGUAUACAACGAUCCAUCCGUGGAAAGUCAAUUUGACCAUAGGAUAUGGAUUUCAGUGUCCAACAAAUUUGAUGAAACGAGAAUCUCAAGAGAGAUGUUGGAUUUUGUCUCCCAAGGAACACAUGAAGGGCUGUACAGCUUUGCCAGGCUUCAGGAGGUCUUGAGAGGUUAUAUUAAAUCAAAGAGGGUUCUACUUGUUUUAGAUGAUGUCUGGGAUGACAUGAAUGAUUUCCAAUGGAACCAACUAUUAGCCCCUUUCAAUUCUGACAAUGAAAAAGGCAAUAUCAUACUUGUGACAACUAGAAAACCAUCUGUUGCAAAAAGGAGAGGUACGGUUGAACCAAUUAAGUUAACUGGUUUGCAAGAAGAUGAUUUUUGGAUAUUGUUUAAAGCGUGUGUGUUUGGUGAUGAGAACUAUGAAGUGAAAGGUAGUCUUAGGACUUUGGCAUGGCAGAUAAUAGAAAAGUUGAAAGGAAACCCGCUAGCUGCAGAAACUGCAGGGGCAUUAUUAAGACAGCAUCUUACCAGUGAACAUUGGAGUAACAUUCUGAAGAACGAAGAUUGGAAAUCCCUGCAACUCACAAGAGGCAUUAUGCCUACUUUGAAGCUUUGUUAUGAUCAACUGCCCUACCAUUUACAACAAUGCUUCUCAUAUUGUGCUAUAUUCCCUUGCAAUUAUCGGUUUCUCGCUGAGGAGAUAGUUCGUAUUUGGAUUUCACAGGGAUUUGUUAAGUGUAGUCAUUCAGGUAUGAGAUUGGAUGAGAUAGGACGACUCUAUCUAACUAAUUUAGUGAACCUGGGCUUCUUUCAGCAGAUUGAAGUAGGCUACUCUUCAAACAAUCAAACUACUUAUGUUAUGUGUGCUCUUAUGCAUGAUUUCGCAAGGGUAAUUUCAAGAGCUGAGUGUGCAACUUUGGAUGCUCUACAGUGCAAUGAAAUUUCAUCAACUGUGCUACAUUUGUCAAUAGUAACUGGUCGUGUGUAUUGGUAUGAUGAGAAGUUUCAAGAGAUAUUGCGAAAUACAAUGAAAAAGGUUAAAAAUUUGAGAUCAUUGGUCUUAAUUGGACAGUACGACUCCCAAUUGUUCCAACAAGUAUUUGAGAAGGCACACAAUUUGCGUCUAUUACAAGUAUCUGCAACUGCCGGGUCUCAUUCCUUCCUAUGCGGUUUGGUAAAUCCUACACAUCUUCGGUAUCUAAACCUACAGGAUGCUCAUGUUUGGCCGGGAGAUUUACCUCAAGUUUUGAGCAAGUUUCUCCACCUUCAAGUAUUAGAAGUUGGCUUAUGCCGUGAUACUUCGUUUACCCUUGAGCGGAUGGUUAAUCUAGAGGAUUGUGGUGAAAGGCUUAUAUUUCCAUCUCUAGAAAGACUUCCGUUUCUUACAACAAUCAAGUUGAGCAACCUGCGGAAAAUUAGAGAA